CCGCGAGGAAGAGCGGAUGAACUUCGUUAUCAGACUGUUGACUCACAUGCACUGAUUGCUGCGGUGACUGACUGGUGAUAAUGCUGCAAGAUUCAUGUUUAGAGCAGCAGGUAGGAGCUUAUCAACUCAUCAUGACUCAAGUGUAUGUAUAGUACGUGUUAGAGAGUGGUAUAAGAUCCAGCAGAACCUUCUCCCAACAACUCGAGUUAUUGGGAGCAAUUGGUUCUUGACAUGGUAUCAGAGCUGGUUUGGCCAAAUGGUCGUGUGUUCGAAUCUCUACGACCCCCAAUAUUAACAGUUGAUUAAAACACAAGGUAUGGUGGGCCUGUGCAAACUUGGUUCUUAACAGUACGGUCAUUGACGAUACAGCACCAAUGCGCCCUGAAACAAGAAGUUGGAAAAUCAAUGAAAAUUCGUAGCAUCAACUAAGAAUUAGCUUUUUAUAUAUCAAAGAACUUACUAAUCAUCCUUUCCCCUGAUUCGUUGUUUUUACUUCUUUCACACAUAUAUUUUGUUUCUUAUAUCUGCACCACGAACGAAUCAAUUGACGCAAUCUUAUAUGAUCUGCCUCGCGUCGUAGAAAUGGAACCAACAUAUGGGUAUUGAAGAUAUGGUUUUCGCCCACCCUGCUACAUUGCCUUCUAUCUAUGAACUGAUCUGCAGCAGUUGAGAGAGGAGGAUGCGGCCCUGUAUAGUUUUGGAUUUCCAACCCAUACUGUCAAUACAUAUCCAUAUCAUCUCCAACAUGAUAGAAUGUCUAGAGGACAUGACCAGUGUUUCUAUCUUGAAAAUCUCAACUUCAAAACAAACAAGUUCAGCUUGUCCAAGACAAGAAAACCCAGAGUUCAACAAACAAGUCCGUAUAUGGACAAACACACACAGUAACCAUCGCAGCUACACAACACAAGUAUGCCGAGAGAGAGAGAGAGAGAGAGAGAGGCAGCUGGGCUUGGCUUGGCUUUUGUCCAGCAGCAGCAGCAGCACAUGAAAUUUGUGGCCUAUCUGAUCUUCUCGUGAACCAGCACCCGGUCCCAACCACAUCCCUUUCACUUUGUACGUAUUCUCAACAGCAUUGGGGAAUUAUUUACCAACAAUUCUCCACAAUCAUAGUUUGAUACUGUGCUACCAUCUCAACAGAAACAGAAUAUUAUCAUACGGGCUCCCAUUUCGGACAGAUCUCCCUUGUCCGAGACUCGCAAUCGAACGGUUCAUAUACGUUCUGAAUCUACAUAAAGCAAGAGACUUGUACAUCUUAGCCGCCGCGGAUUGUCAUAUUUUCCAUCCCAACCAUACAAUUUUUUCACCUUGUGGAGGGGAAGUAGGAAAUCAUUAUUGGCCUCACUUGCAGUUGCUGGUAUUUGUAGAUGACUGGUUUUCCCAUGAAUCACAUCAAUAGCAUUUCCCUACUCAAAAACCACUAUAUAAACCCUCCAAAGUUAGGACUCCAAACUCCCACCUGCACACCCCAAAAAACCAGGCGCCAAACCCAUGAGCUCCCCAAAACACCUACUCCCUCCACCAUAUCUCUGACCAAUAUAUAACAAACCCAGCCUAAAUCAUUCUCCCUCCUCCACAAUGGCUGCAAAAAUGGCCUACAGGCUAAUCACAUCACUCUUCUUCUUCUUCUUCUUCUUCUUUACCUUCACAUUCACUACCCUCAGUCAUACAUCAGAAGCCAGGCACUUCCCACAAAACCCCACAAAGGCAGUAGUCGUCGGCACUGUCUACUGCGACACUUGCUUCAACAACCGCUUCUCAAAGCCCACUCAUUUCAUCUCAGGCGCAUCGGUUGUAGUCGAGUGCAAAGAUGGGAGGUUCAGACGAGAAGUGAAGACGAACCAGCUGGGAGAAUUCAGCGUCGAGCUUCCGUUCACUGUAAACAGAGAGGUGAAGAAGAUCAAGCGAUGUUCAGUGAAGCUGCUGACCAGCAGCGACCCUUACUGCGCCGUGGCAUCCACCGCCACGUCAUCGUCUCUCCACCUGAGGUCGAGGAACAACAAGCUAGGGUCUGAUUCUCGUAUCUACUCCGCCGGUUACUUCACUUUCAAGCCAUCCCACCAGCCUACCCUCUGCUCUCAGAAUCCGACCACCACGUCAGCAGGGAGCAAUGAGCAGAAGGACUUAUCUGGGUUCCCGGCGGUGCCGUCUCCAGGCGGUGGCGGCGACGAUGACGAACCUACGCUUCCACCGCCGGUGAAUACAAACCCUAACGGCGGAGUACCUCCGCCGGAGAUGAAUCAGAACCGGCUGCCGCCGCUUCCCCUGCUCCCGCGGCUGCCUCCGCUCCCCACUCUGCCGCGGCUGCCGUACCUUCCGCCGUGGCCGGCGAAGAGCUUCAAUAAGCACGAGAAGCCUACCUUGAGGCAGGGAGAAGGGGAUGAAUUGUCGGAUCAGAAAUCGGGGCGUCCUGGUCAGCCACAAGGGCUUCUGUUUCCCCCAAUUUUGCCGCCAAAUCCGCUGCAGCCGCCGUCUCCGCCGUCGCUUCCACUGCCGCCGAACCCGUUGGAGCCGCCGUCAUUGGUGCCCCCGAUUCUUCCGCCGAACCCGCUUCAGCCUCCGCCGGCGCCGUUCCUUCCAAUUCCUCCGAUUCCAGGGCUAACCCCUUCGCCGCCGCCGCCGCCGGUCUUGCCGUUCCCCUUCCCGCCUCCUCUGCUUCCUCUGCCGCCGGGGUUUCCUGGAAUCCCUCCUGCAGCUCAUGCCGCUCACAAAUCGAAGUCGAAUCCUCCCUCCACCAUUGAUCCUUGAAUUAGCUGUGUAAAGUUCAUCCCGUUUACGUAUCAAGAAGUUAAGCAUGUGUAAGGUUUUUUUUGUUUUAGCUACGAGUGUUCAGUUCGCCAUGAGAGACUACAAUAGUAUUAUGCAUUUAGUUUUCUGUAAGCUACAAAUAAACCAUGUGUGUUUGUGAUACGUUGCCAUAUUGGUAGGUUUUAAAUAAAUCGGCAUGAUUUGA